AUGAGUGAAGAGAAUAACAAAACAAAUCAUUAUGAAUCUAAUGGUUUAUAUUCUUCAACAAAAGAAAAGGAACAAAACAAUGAAAAACUUGGCAACAAGAAGCCUGGAGGAUGGAAGGCCAUGCCUUUUAUUUUAGGAAAUGAAACAUUUGAGAGAUUAGCAGCAUUUGGAUUAUUUGCUAAUUUUAUGGUGUAUUUAACAAGAGAGUUUCAUUUGGACCAAGUUCAUGCUUCAAACAUUCUUAAUAUGUGGAGUGGUAUUACCAACUUUGCCCCUUUACUUGGAGCCUUCAUUUCAGAUACCUACACAGGUCGCUUCAAAGCUAUAGCUUUUGGUUCCUUCUUCUCAUUUCUGGGUAUGACAGUAGUGACAUUAACAGCAUGGUUACCAGAGUUACACCCUCCAUCAUGUUCACCUCAACAACAAGCAUUAAACCAAUGUGUUAAAGCUUCAAAUUCUCAUGUUGGUUUUCUAUUCAUGGGACUUAUAUUUCUAAGCAUAGGUUCUUCAGGUAUAAGACCAUGUAGCAUACCUUUUGGAGUUGACCAAUUUGACCCUACAACAGAAGAAGGAAAAAAAGGAAUCAAUAGUUUUUUCAAUUGGUACUAUACUUCAUUUACUGUGGUCUUGUUGAUCACUCAAACUGUGAUUGUUUAUAUCCAAGACUCUGUUAGUUGGAAAUUUGGUUUUGGUAUACCAACUUUGUGUAUGUUAUGUUCCAUAAUCUUGUUCUUUGUUGGAACAAAGAUUUAUGUUCAUGUGAAGCCAGAAGGAAGCAUUUUUUCCAGUAUUGCACAAGUUUUUGUUGCUUCUUUUAGAAAGAGGAAAGUUAAGAUUCCUAGUGAGAAGGUGGUCGAUGGGAUUUUUUAUGAUCCUCCAUUGAUUGGAAGUGCUAUUUUGUCAAAGCUACCUUCAACUAACCAAUUCAGGGUUUUGGAUAAAGGAGCUCUAAUAAUGGAGGGUGAUUUAAACCUAGAUGGAACCAUAGUAGAUCAUUGGAAUCUUGUGAGCAUUCAACAAGUAGAAGAGGUAAAAUGUUUAGCAAGAACUUUUCCAAUUUGGGCCGCCGGAAUCCUCGGUUUCACCGCGAUGGCUCAAGUAGGAACAUUUAUUGUUUCACAAGCCAUGAAAAUGGACAGACACCUCGGCCCAAAUUUCCAGAUCCCGGCCGGUUCACUCGGGGUCGUAUCGUUCAUCAUCAUAGGUUUAUGGGUCCCGUUCUACGACCGGGUUUGCGUACCAACCCUAAGAAAAAUCACAAAACAUGAAGGUGGUAUAACUCUCCUCCAAAGAAUUGGAAUUGGCAUGGUGUUUUCAAUCAUAGCAAUGAUUGUAGCUGGCUAUGUUGAAAAAGUUAGAAGAGAUGUAGCAAACUCCAAUCCAAAUCCACAAGGAAUUGCACCCAUGUCAGUAAUGUGGCUAUUCCCACAACUAAUCUUGAUGGGAUUUUGUGAAGCAUUCAACAUAAUUGGACUAAUUGAAUUCUUCAAUAGACAAUUUCCUGACCAUAUGAGAAGUAUUGCUAAUGCUUUGUUCUCUUGCUCAUUUGCUUUGGCUAAUUAUGUUAGUAGCAUUUUGGUCAUAACAGUUCAUAAUGUCACUGGAACUCAUAGCCAUCCAGAUUGGUUGACAAAUGAUAUCAAUGCUGGAAGAUUAGAUUACUUUUACUACCUUUUAGCUGGAGUUGGAGUUUUGAACUUGGGUUAUUUUCUUUAUGUUUCUCAAAGAUAUCAUUAUAAGGGAAGUGUUGAUAUUCAAGAGAAACAAACUCAAGAUGUGGAGCUAGGUACAAAAGGAGAACUAGAUUACUAUACAAAAGAAGUAUGA